AUGGACGUCGGCAGUCCCACAGUACCGCCCUACACAAACUGGACAUUCUCUACAGACUUCCCACUUCCCUACCGCGUUCUGUUUGUCUCCGUCUUCGGUCUUUGGGCAUGGGCCACAAAUGUUCACUUCCUUUCCUUGUUCUCCAUAGAUGUACCCUCUAUUCUCUUGUUCCACAUAGACAAAACCACCUCAUCAUAUAAGCCCAUAUACUCAAUCGCGCUUACACUGAGCCUGUGGAUAGUUGGAAAUUUUUGGGUGUUUCGAAUAGUGACAAAUGGAGAUGUGGUCGCAGUUGGAGAAUGGACGGUGCUGCCGCUGAUUUGUUACGCAGUUGUGUUUGGGAUGUUGUUGUGUCCGUUUGAUAUUAUUAGGAGGAGAGAGAGGUUUAAAUUUAUGAGAUGUCUUUGUCGCGUCCUAUUCUCGGGCUUCCACUCUGAAGUGCAUUUCUCCGAUACCAUACUUGCCGAUAUAUUGACCUCUUUUGCGAAAGUUCUUGGUGAUUUAUAUGUCUCUGCUUGUAUUUUGCUAUUUAUAACGACCAACGGAGGACAGAACUUUUCGGCUAAUCGCUGUUGGAGCUAUGUUAUUGCACCUCUGUUUACAAGUUUACCUUAUUUGGUUCGAUUUCGACAAUGCAUGGCUGAAUAUUGGGCAUCCAAUAGCACGAAGAAACGUCAUUUAUUUAAUGCACUAAAAUACACUUCGGCACUUCCCGUUAUCUUUUUUUCUGCUUUGCAAAAGCACUAUGCAACAACCGAGGAGGGAAUGUGGAUCGGUGAUCAUAAUAUACAUACAUUGUGGCUCAUCUCUGUAGCGAUAAAUUCUAUGUAUUCUUUCUACUGGGACGUGGCUAUGGAUUGGCAGCUCAACUUUUUUACGCCCAGCUCCCUCAAGACCUUUGUUCCUUCUUUCUCUCUUCGUCCAAACCUCACAUUCGAGCCGCUCUCUUACUAUUUUGCCAUCCUUCUUGACUUUCUUCUACGCUUCACCUGGUCUUUAAAGAUAUCAUCUCACCUUCAUGUCAUUGCUGAAUUGCAAGCCGGUGUGUUUAUGAUGGAAGUGUUAGAAGUGGUGAGGCGAUGGAUGUGGAUAUUUUUCAGAAUAGAGUCUGUUUGGGCUCAGGAAGGCGGAGUUUAUGGAAAACUUGGAGGGCAGACGGCGAGUACGAUCAGUUUGUCUGAUCUGGGUGUUGGAAGACGUGAGGAAAAUGAGGGAGACGAUUUGAGUGAGGAUAGGAAAGUUGGUGAUGGCGAUGAGGAGGAAGAACAAGGAAUCAAUAGGAAGGGUGUCUACGAUGUUAAGCCCGAUGAAGUUACGCCGUUGAUGGCACGGACUUUUGGGACCUGGACAUUCAUCGUCGCCAUCAUGAGAGCGUAUGCAGCGUAUAAUUUACACAACAAAGCGAUUUAUCGGAUUUCUAUUUGGACGUAUGUGGUUGUGAUGUUCCAUUACACAACCGAGCUGUUUAUUUUUGAAACUGCUAAAUUCAAUCCGGGAUCCCUUAGUCCAAUAAUUGUGUCAAGUAUUUCGUUAAUUUGGUUGUCACUACAAUACAACAACUACGUUUCAAAAGAACCAACUAAAGUUAAAGUCUCCUGA